AUGUCACAUCUUACAGGCGACCCUAAAAGACAUGAUCUAUCCUCCUUCAAGGGCUCCAUAACAGGCAGCUGCCUAUGCGGAAGCAUCACAGUAACGAUUAACGAAAACCUCUUCACAAAACCACGCGGCCACCUCUGCCACUGCGAGAACUGUCGAAAAGCGACCGGCUCUGUAGUAGCCACAAAUCUCACCAUCGAAGAGAAAAAGGUCGAUAUCAAAGACAGAGAUGGCACGCUCAAGCUCUAUGCAGAUAAAGCUACCAAAAGUGGGAAUCCAGUAUAUCGAUACUUUUGCGCUGUGGAUGGAAAUCCCAUCUUUUCAAAAGUCGAUUCUAUGCCUGGCAAGGUCACUAUUUCGAUGGGCUGCAUGCCAGUAAUCCCGAAACCAGAGAUGGCAGGCUUUACUGCGCAUAAGCAUCCUUGGUUCAAUCAACCUGAGGGCAUAAGAUCGUACAAGAUUAUUCGUGAAGAAGAGAUUAUGGGUGAGUAG